AUGGCUUCCAACAGUUACGACUACAUUAUUGUUGGAGGAGGCCUAGCGGGUCUGGUCCUUGCUACACGUCUUUCUGAAGAUCUGAACACCAGUGUACUUGUGAUUGAGGCUGGUGAAGACAUGAGGGACGACCCCAUGGUAAAGAGUCCUUCUAUGUGGUCGAAAUUGCUUGGCUCCGGAACAUGGUGGAACUUCAAGACAGCCCCUCAGAUGAGAGACUUGGCGGCCGUGAAAUCAACUUCCCUCAAGGGGCGCCUUGUUGGCGGAUCAAGUUUCCUAAAUGGCCUUGUGCUCAUCGAGAUGUCCAAAGCAGAUAUUGAGGAUCUAGAUAAUGCGCGUAGACACGCUCGUGAUACCGCUGUGGGAGCUAUCCACUUUACUGGCACUUUCGCAAUGAUGCCACGGGAUAUGGGUGGUGUUGUUAGUCCCGAGUUACGUGUUUACGGCUGCACGCAGGCAGCGGUGUAUGGUGUUGCGGGAAUGGCUGCGGAUAUGGUCAAGUCUGGUCUUUGA